AUGCGUUGGUUACAGAAUUUCUUCAAAGAUCCUUGGAAUACAUUUGACUUCAUCACUGUUAUUGGCAGCAUUGUAGAUGUUUUAGUUAUUGAAUUUGGGGAGAAAUUCAUCAACGUGGGAUUCUUGAGGCUGUUCCGAGCCGCGCGCCUCAUUAAGCUGUUGAGACAGGGCUACACCAUCAGGAUAUUAUUGUGGACUUUUGUGCAAUCUUUUAAGGCGCUGCCAUAUGUCUGCCUCCUUAUUGCCAUGCUGUUUUUCAUCUAUGCCAUUAUUGGGAUGCAGGUAUUUGGAAACAUUGAUCUGGACCCUGAAACUUCCAUCACCCGGCAUAACAACUUCCGCAGCUUUGUUCAGGGUCUAAUGCUGCUUUUCAGGUGUGCAACGGGGGAAGCCUGGCCUUCAAUAAUGUUGUCCUGCAUCAGUGGCAGACCAUGUGAUAAGCUUGCUCGGAAACCAGGAUCCGAAUGUGGCUCCAACCUAGCUUAUGCCUAUUUUGUUUCUUUUAUAUUUUUCUGCUCUUUUCUUAUGUUGAAUCUUUUUGUAGCAGUUAUAAUGGAUAACUUUGACUAUUUAACUAGAGAUUCGUCCAUAUUGGGCGCACAUCAUUUAGAUGAAUUUGUUAGAAUAUGGGCUGAAUAUGACCCAAAUGCUACGGGUAAAAUACAUUAUACUGAAAUGUAUGACAUGUUGAAAAAUAUGGAUCCUCCUCUGGGAUUUGGCAAUAAGUGCCCUAAUCGCCUUGCAUACAAGAAGCUCAUAAGAAUGAAUAUGCCAGUUGAUGAAGAUGGAAAGGUCAAUUUCACCACCACAUUAUUUGCACUUAUACGAGAAAACCUUAGCAUCAAAGUCAGAAGUGUUUUAUUUUUCAAUCAUUCUACAUCAGAUCACUUAAUAAAUCGUAAUUUGGUUUUCUUUAAUGGGUUCAUUGUUCAUUUGUACUCAAGUAGCCAUAUUUUUCUUCCAUCACUUUCAUUUGUGUACAUAACAAAAUUCAGGCUUCUAGUAGGAAUAGAGAGAAGUGCCAGGUAA